AUGGCUGACUGGACACAUGUAUUCAAGGCUGUUUUGGAUGAGCACGAGAUUUCCUAUGUUUCAGCUAAAGGAAACCCUGCUGAGAGGGCAAAAAUCCUCAAAAACAUCAAAGAUACUAUACUUGAAAGCAACCAGGCCAAGGAUCCUUCAACUAUGCUUCCAGGCAAUAACAUUUGGAAGGCUAUCCGUACAUAUUACUUGCGUUUUCUGGAGGAUGACGAGGACCGCGAUCUUGAGCAAAAAAUCAUUGAGGGAGCUGAUAAACUCACAUCUGGUGCAGGCAUCAUCACUGUAGAUAUGGUCAAAGACCGUCAGGAUGAUAAGCCUCUGGAUGCUGCAGCAUUCAAGACCGAAUUCUUGCCUUUUGAUGUCGCUCAGAAAUUGUUCAAAGAAGAAAUUGGGGAGUAUGACAAGAAGGACCGUGACACCUCUGACCUAAGGUCCAUGGGGACAAGGACAAAGCUGGUCCGGUCCUGGUACAAUGCCCUGUCACCAGAUGUGCGUGAGGAGCUCAGACUUGUGGCAGAAAAGUGGAACCAGGAAGGUGCUCAUUCUGAUGCCAAGGACAGAUACCGCAGCCGACACCAGAAGAAAAUCAUGGAGGACUUCAUAAAGAUGGCAGGAAGAACCAUGGGUUUACAUGUUGUGAUUCUCACAGCUCAUGAUCGAGGGGAGGGGAAAAUGCCUGGAACAACUAUCUGGGAAUCCUGUCCCAGGAAGGUGAAGAAAACUUUUACUCUGGCUUCCAAAGAAAACAAGAAAUGGGCUGGAGAGUUGCAAGACUGA